CGAUCAUGUGCUCAGCUGUGUCCAAUCACAGCUGAUCACUGAUGAUCAGUGUGCCCUGAUGAUCAGUGUGGUCCCAGAAGUGCCACCUGUCAGUGUCCAUCAGUGCCAGCUGCCAGUGCUGAACAGUGCCACGUGCCAGUGCCACAUAUCAGUGCCUACCAGUGCACAUCAAUGCCACAUCAGUGCCCAUCUGAGCUACCUUUCAGUGUCACCCAUCAAUGCCAAUCAUGCCACCUAUCAGUGCCGCCUAUCAGUAUGCAUCAGU